GCUUCUCUUUCUCGCGGGCAGGCCCAUUGCAACAUUGCAAAACUGCCGCGUCGCGCGUCGUCGGCACCAGGCAUUGCAGUGGCGCCAGACGCGGAUCCGUUGCCGUCGGAGCGCCAGAGCUGGCGUGCUGCCGCUGCCGCCCAAGUGGCAGGCAAUGCGCGGGCGCGGCCAGGCAGGACCAGAGGGGUGCGCAGCGGGGGGGAGCGCGGGCAGACGAGGACCUCCCCUGACCCGGGAGGAAGAGGAGGCGGAGGGGGGGAAGGAGGACGGCACAAGAAACGCCCCCCCUGCUGCAGCGCUCUUCUCCCGAGGCGGCGCUGGCCGAGCGAGCUGAGCCGCUGGACGACCACGGUGUGGGCCCAGCUCUCGGCAGUUCCUCUCUACCGA